AUGGCGUGCCCUGCAGCCCUUCCACUCUCUCCGGAGCGCAGGGCGCGGCCCAUGCGGCCCAAACGCAGUGCGAGCUUGAACCGAAGCAGCUUGUCCCUGCAUUCCCUGGCCGCAGAGGAGGCGCCAGCGCCGGCACCAUCGGCUUCGCGCCGGAUGACAAAGGGAAGUUGGAUGCGAAAUCGGAGCCAAAUCUCGCUCCAUGGUUAUCCUCAGGACAUGUCGGGCUUGUGUGACUGCGCUUCCGAGAGCACGCUGUCCUCAAGAAUGCAUCUGUGGCCUGGGCAGGGGCCUGAACAAAAAGGCCAGUCCGCCGAGUACCGGCCGAUGAGGCGAGCGGCGAGCGCCGCACCGAGAUCUUCCUUGCGAAGUGGAGGUCAGCUUGGUGAGGCGAGCACCAGCGAAUUUGCCAGGAGAUCAUCGAGACGCCCGUCCUUCGAGCCUCCGCCCCGGCUGAAGCCUAGCGAGGAGGCCAGCACGACUGAUCCUUCCAGCCAGGGGUCCAAAGGGGCCUCGGAUGUCUCCAGCAGAGGCGAAGGCAAGGAAGCCACAGGCCUUGCUGAGGCUAAGGCCACAACCGCAAGCAUCGCCGCAAGGGUGGCUGCGCGCUUCAGCGACCGGCCGGCGGGCGUCACCUCGGCAUCUACUGCCCUCGAGGACAUGUUCAUCCAAAGCCCCGAUAAAAGGCAUCGAAAGGAAGCUCCGAUCAGGCCGUGCGCUGAUGGCAUGGCGGGCCGGGCCAGCAACUGCUGGGUCCAGGAGCCGCGGCCUUCGAAGUGGCAGGGGCCCUCUCCGCCUACCCGCGCUGAAAACCUCUCCCUGCACCGCGGGAGUCAAGCUUUGCCGAGCGGUCGGAUGAGCCUGCGCAAGGAACGGACCACGUCAGCGGAUUACGGGCGCGCAUACACAUUGCGACAAGACACGCCCUGCGCUGGAGUGCCCAGCCCCCAUGCCACGCGCCGUGCACCGACUCCGGAGCGCCGGAACGAGGCCCGUGCGAAAUGUCUCUACAUCACAUCGCACAAGGACUAUGGAAACAUGUACCAGAAAAUGCCGUGA